GAGAUAAGAGACACAUCUGAUCUAGAAGAAUUCACUCCUUGAGAAAGAGAGCAUCUGAGAAGCUUCUGAACCUACUGGAUUGCUGGUUCCUUCCAUUGCCAUUCUAUGGGUAUGUGCAGCUAGCAUUCUCUGUGGAGCUGAGCAAGCACCUUAUCUGGUUAUUGCUUAACCAGUUUCUUUGAAAGGACUGCUGCCCUAUGAAGAAAAGUUUUGAAUGCUGUGAUUAACAAGUAGCUCCACCCAAUUGCUGUGAAUACUGUGAAGAAAUUCCUGCUUGUUGGGACUUGUAAAGCAAGAAUUGGGGUAAUCAGAUUAACAGGCAGAUACCAGAUGAGAGAUUGAUUCUUCAUUUCCUCAUUUGUGAUCAUUUCCACUAAGAAGCCCUGGGAGGAUUACUAAAGAGUCAUUUGGGGGAUUAAAUGUCAGAAUGUGUAAGGGGACUAUUUUGCUGACUUUGCUGAGCCUGAGUGUGACCUUUGAGCUAGGUUGUGCUCAUAAACAGUGGAAUGCUUUUCGCAGCAUGUUUAAAAGGAUCAAGAGUUCCACACCAUCAAGCGGAGACCCAGGACAGCCUCUCUUCCUUACUCCAUAUAUUGAAAGUGGGAGAAUUGAGGAAGGAAGGCAGCUAAGUUUGGUAGGCCCUCUGCCAGGAGUAAAUGUGAAGAGUUACUCUGGCUAUCUCACAGUGAACAAGACUCACAACAGCAAUCUCUUCUUCUGGUUCUUCCCUGCUGAGGUGCAGCCAGAGAAUGCACCGGUCCUUCUUUGGCUCCAAGGUGGACCAGGAGGAACAUCAAUGUUUGGGCUUUUUGUUGAACAUGGCCCAUAUGUGGUUGACAAGAAUUUCACAUUGUAUAAACGGAAGUUUCCUUGGACAUCUAAAUUUUCCAUGCUUUACAUUGACAAUCCAGUUGGCACUGGCUUUAGUUUUACCGAUGAUACGGGAUAUGCAGUAAACCAAGAUGAUGUAGGAAGAGAUUUAUACAGUGCGCUCAUCCAGUUUUUCCAGCUCUUUCCAGACUAUCAGAAAAAUGACUUCUAUGCUACAGGAGAAUCUUAUGCAGGGAAGUAUGUGCCUGCUAUUGGAUACUACAUCCAUACCCAUAGUCCUAAAGCUAAGGUUAAGAUCAACUUCAAAGGAGUUGCAAUUGGUGAUGGUCUCUGUGACCCUGAAAUGAUGCUGGGUGGCUAUGCAGAGUUCAUGUACCAAAUUGGCUUGGUGGAUGAGAAGCAGAGGGAGUAUGUCCAGCAGCAGACCGACCUGGGAGUAAUUUACAUCCAGCAGAAGAAGUGGAUAAAAGCCUUUGAAGUUUUUGAUACUCUAUUGAACGGUGAUGAAACAGGUCCUUCCUUCAUUCAGAAUGUUACAGGAUGUAGCAACUACUUUAACUUUUUGCAAUGCCAGGAGCCUGCUGACCAGGAAUAUUUUGGAGUAUUUUUGUCACGAUCAGAAGUGAGGAAAGCUAUCCAUGUGGGAAACCUAACCUUUCAUGAUGGGUCUACAGUUGAGAAGCAUUUGCUUGAAGAUGUAAUGAAGACAAUAAAGCCAUGGUUGGCAGUAAUUAUGGAUAAUUACAGGGUUCUGUUAUACAGUGGGCAGCUUGAUAUCAUAGUUGCAGCUCCACUGACUGAACGCUUUCUGCCUACUGUGCCCUGGAGUAAAGUGGAAGAUUACAAAAAUGCUGAAAGGUUGAUAUGGAAGAUCCAUCCCCAUGACAAAGAGGUGGCUGGUUACGUGCGCCAAGCUGGUGAAUUCUAUCAGGUAAUUGUUCGAGGUGGAGGACAUAUUUUACCUUAUGACCAGCCUGAACGAUCACUGGACAUGAUUGACAGAUUUAUCUCUGGAGAAGGAUGGAAGACAAAUGGAUUCUAAAAGAAAACUUUAAAUGCAGUGUAAAUGUUACUUUGCCAAAUCCUUCAGAAAUGUUGUGAACGUACUAUAGUGAAAAUUUUGCCAUACGGAAAAAUUAUGAAAUUGAGGAUGAGAGUAAUAAAAUGAAUAUAAAGGC